UAUAAAUACGCGGUUAAUAUAUUGAUGCGUUACAGUUUGAGGAAAAACGUUUAGCAGAAUCAGCGAAUUACGAAGUGCUCUCGAAGAACAACAGAAUGAAGACUCUGGUGCUCAUCGCAUGUCUGCUGGUAGUGGCCUACGCUGCCAACCCAGCAGUAUUAAAACGACGUGCUGAAAACGCUGUACAAUGUGCCCAGGAAUUAAACAAACCACCGACUUCAGAGGAUGUAAUCUAUUGCGUUCUUCAAAAGGAUGGCGUGAUCGAUGCAACGGGUAAAUAUAUGUUAGACAAGGGUCUUGCAUUAUAUGAUGAUCUUAUAAAUGACGAAGCCAAGAGAAACCAAGCGAAGGAAGCUAUCCGCAAGUGCUAUAAUGAAAUGGAAUAUGAUGACGCCAAACCAGAAACUAAUGCAGAAAUAACAAAGAAGGGCAUCAUGUGUGCAUUGCCUGUGCAGGAUCUCAUGGACAAAGCAUAAUAGAAAAAAGAAGUACAAGCUUUUCUUUAUGUAACGUCCUCUUCUAUGUAAAAAAUACUAGCAAGUUGUAGCAAUCCCGCAUUAAUAAUCUUAACUUUAUUCGUUUUUAACAGACUCUAAAGGUUUGUUGUUGCUUUUUGUUAAAUUGUAAUUGAUUUAUUUGUGCCAUUAUGCAAUAAAAAAUAACAUUUGA